GAGGUUACCUCUUAGAAAUUACAUAAUCAUGGGGCUUUCUGAUGCGGCCGAUGAACUAAAACUUGUAAUUUCAAUUUUUCAAAAAUUAAUGCAAGUGAAGGAUGGUCAAUUAAGGGACGACCAAAUUACUCCAUUGAUAAAGCGUCUUCAGUCAGUUUCGGAAAAACUUCAAAAUGAUGUGACGUCUGAAAGAAAAAAUCACUUGUCCGUUUUAUCUGUUCCGAAAAUGGAAAUACCUAGUAAACCCAAUGCUGUACUUCACAUGCGUUCCAUAAGAAGUUCUGAAGAUGCUCACAAACCAAAGAAUUUUGUUCUAAGCAAACCCUCUAGCCUGCGUGUGAAAUCCAUUCCACAGGUGGCUUCACGGUCCGGAGAACUUCCAAUGCCGAAAGAUGUAGCCAACUCAUUUGCGUGCACUCUGUAUAAUAUACUUGAGGGUACAGUGAAACUUGUGCAGGCAUCGUCUGGAAGUAUUUUUAUGAGAAAGGGUGAUGAAAUGUUUUCCAUUUGCAAUGUAAGUCGAAAUCUUAUAUUUCCACCAAUUGUCAAUAGUCACCGCUGCAGUGGGUCAGUAGAUGCAGAAGUGUUGGGUAGCUGUAUUGCUUUAAAUCGGUACUCUUUUGACGCUUCUCAAAGUCCGACUUCCAUGCUAGUCUUUCCCGUACGUCUCCAUCGAGAAGAACUGGUAAGCGAUAGCAAGGCAAUCGCAACACUACAUAUUGAAGGAAAGAAUUUAAGUUCUCAGCCCUUUGGAAUUCAUGAUGAGAGCAUUGCUUACUUUUCAUCUAUCCUAAUUGGUGAACUUAUUUCCAGAGCACCACAACUUGACUGGUUCAAUACUUUUUAUGAACCAAUUACUCAACACAUCGUUGCACCUUUUUCUCCAGCAAAACCAGCACUCCCUGUUCUGCGGAAACCUCCGAAAGAAGUUACAUUAGGCCAAUCCUCAUCAUUUAGUGCCUCACUCGACGCAGUCAGCAAUUCAGUAUUUCACGAAGUCCAGCAGUUUGUCCCACAACCACUAAUAAAGAGAGAAGUACUUUCUCAGAAAACAUUAAUGCCGAUGACUAGUGGGCUUUCUCUCGCGCCCUCCUUGAGGGAGGUAAGGAGUUUUGUGGAUAACAUUCAUAGUUGCUGGAAAAAAGGUGUUGAUUCUAAUAUAAGCUUCCUAGCAAAAGAACGUGAGAUUGAAAUGGAAUUAAAGAGGUUAAGAACAAAUCUUGACAAUACAAAGAAGGAAUUGGAAGCCACAAAAAAUAGAUUGAGACUAUAUGAAUUGGAUGGCUACGAUUACAAGAGGGAGUAUAAGGAUUUAUGUGUAGAACUUGAGUCCUUUCUUCGCCAACGCAAUACUUGA